GCAGUGUGUUUGAGCGCUAAGCGGAUGUGUCAGUGCUAGGGGCAAAGGCCUCCCCGAGGGCCAUCACUGUCACGGGAACACGUUCCUACUGGUGGCAGACAUCCUCCCCUAAGGCCAGCAUGUGCGUGUGUGUUUAAGCCUAUGCAUGCGUGCCUGUCUCUGAAUGCGUGAGGGAGAGAGAGCGGGGGGAUCAGGGCUUUCAGAUUUCGUGCAAAUGUUCGCAUUUCUCCGGGAGGCAGAGGAUUGCGUGUGUGUGUGUGUUUAGACAGUUAGGUAAGCAGGAUCACAGACAGGCUUUAACUGAGACGGGGUCAAACUCAUAGAGCCUAGUGUUGCAUUUGCGUGUAUGUGAAAAAUACAGCCAUGAUCACCGUAUGAUUGAUUGAAGAAAAAGUGAGAGAGAUUUAAAUAAAUAAAUAAAUAAAUAAAAUAAUUGAUGACUUAUUUAUGAGUCUAUGAGCUGAUCAGCACAACAGCCAACCUGAAAAUAAACACAGAGUGAAGGGGUGAAAAUGACUGGUGAGAGAUGGGAUGACACAAAUGCAAAUAAAUCAUUUGGUUUCUCCGCUCAGCAAAAGCAUCUCUAUCACUUCUCUUUUCACAAGCGCUAUAAUCAGAAUGAGUCGCAGACUGUAUAUCUUUACUGUAAAAUGACUGGAACGCACAGCUGCAUGCCCGGCCAUCAUGAACAUGUGAUCUCUUACAAUGGAUCGUUCUGAGAAGGCCUGUCGUUACUGUGGCAUAAGUUAUUUGAUCCUGCACGAGUUCCAGUGCCUGCAGGAGCGUUUGCAGGAAGUCGAGAGAGAGCUGGAACAGGAGAGAGGAAGUGUGGAGAGAGAGAGAACCCUGAGAGAGGAGCUCCAAGAAGCCUACACUCAUCUGGAGGAGCUGAAAGCAUCUGUGCUUCAGCAGGAGGAAACCACGAGGCACCUUGACCUGCAGCUGUGCUUGGUCACGCGUGAGAUGGAGAGCGUGAGGGUGGAGAAAAAGACAAUGAUUACAGAGCUGGAAAACGAGCGCACUUGCCGCCUGCACCUCAGAUCAAGGUUUGUGCAGCAGCAUUGGCUUCUCAGGGAAGCUUUGGCCCUGCUGCAUUCGUCUCGAGGGGAGAUGAUGACUGUUAAGAACCAGUUAACUCACUUCCUGGAGACCUGGGAGAACAGCAAAUCACUGAUACAGCAGAGUUGCAUCAGUGCUGAUGCAGAGUGUGCUCGUCUGAAGCAGCAAGUGGCCGGGUUGCAGGUGGAGCUGAAGAGGCUGCAGGUGGAUGUGCCAAACUUGAAGUCAUGUCUUGAUGCAGCAAAAGAACAGAUUCUGCAGUUGGAGAACCAGGUCCAGACCCAGAAACUACUGAAGAACCAAAACCAAGAAGCCCAGUUACUCAUACAGGGCCUGAGGGAGGAGGUGAAGACUCUGAAAAUAGAUCUCCAGAACGGCAUGCAUGAACGAGAGCAUGUAAAGAAACUCCUGGAGAUAAAGUCCGUGGAGAAGGAGGAUCUCCGAGUGUUAUGGAGAGAACAGACAGCCACCAUUGAGAGGCUGUCCCGAGACCUGAGGGAGAAGGAGGAGAGCCGGUUGUCAUGUCAACAACGAUGCGAGUCCAUGCAGGAGCAGCUGUUGGCGUGGCAACAGAAAGAGGAGGAGGUGACCCGGAGACUAGAACGGGCAGAGGGCGAGAUGAAGGACCUGAGAGCAGCCCGAUCCACUUUACUGCAGGAGAGGGAAGAGUUGAGGAGAACUCAUGUGGGAGAAUUGGAGAGACUGGAGGAGAGCUUUAGAACAAGGCUAAAAGCUGCAGAGGAGCAGAGUUCAAAGAUGGAGGCUUUUCUCCAGCAGAAACAGGCUGAGCAAGACAAACAGCUGAAACAGCAAGACAUGGAGUUAAGAAGAGAAGCUGACAUUGAACUGGACAUCCAAAGACAAAAAAACCAUGAGCUGAUUAACAAAUACCAGAGUGAAAAACAGCAACUACAAAACAAGAUUCCUGCUCUCAUUCAUUCAGCCACGCAGGAGCUCCAUGAGGAGUUGGCAGUGCUGCAGGAGCACAUUAAAGAGCAGGAGAAAGAGAUGAAGCAUGUUUGUGAGAGCGCCUCCCAGAGGCAGCAUCAGCUCCUGGAAGAGCAGAGGACAGGAGAGGCACAGCUGCAGCAGAAGACACAGGAGCUGAAUCAGGCUCAGAGUAACAUACUGCAGCUCAAAGAAGAGAGGGCUACCCUACAGGAAGAGAAAUUCUUUCUUGAGGAGACAGUAAGGCGUGAGUGUGAAGAGAGGGAAGAACUGACAGCAGCACUGACCCUGGCCAAAGAGCAACUGCUGGAACUCAAACACUCAAAACCACACGAAACCCAGACAUACACCCAACUCUCCAGAUCUACAGUGACUCACCCGGACCUCCCCUUCCCCAGACUCAAUCCCAGCCCUCCCAGUCAUCCUCAGACGCACACACACAGCUCUUUGUCCACUCAGGGCACCAGACAGCGUUUGCCUGAGUGGAAUUCUUGUAGUGUGAGUAGAAGUUCGACAUCCUGGCAUGGAUCAUCACUGCCAACACCCGCCCUGCCCAAAAUCAGCAGAGAGAGAGUCGCUUCAGUGAAUGACUUGUGCAAAAGCAUCACUACCAUGAGGGGCAGACGAGACAAACUCUGUGUAUCUCUAGGUCAGAGGUCACCAUAUAGAUGAACUGAUAGCAACACCAAUGAAGAGGUGGAAAGUAGCUAAUUACAAAUAUAUUUUUUGUUGCAGAACAAAUACUUUUUUUCUACUGUGAGUAUAAUUAAAUUGUGGUACCUUUCUAUUCUAUCCCAUUCUAUCAUCUAUAGCACAACUGUACACUCUCAGAAAUGAAGGUACAAAAGCUGGAAAUUUCCCCCCCGUCGAAAAAGACGAAGUCUGCUGUAUGGGAAUUUUUCGGGUAACGUAGACUAAUGUUCCGUACACAACGAUGUUCUGUACAGAUGACGUUUUAGUGCCGAUCGCUAAAUAAAUACUUCCAGGUCGAACAUAAUCUAUAUAUCUGUCAUGUUCAUUUCUCCCUUUCACCCCCGAUCAAGACAGAGACCCACAUGCCGUUUGUUUCAGUGUUGAAAUAAAUAGUAGUUUUUUUUUUUUUACCCAGACAAUUAAAAAUAACAUAUUUUAGAGCUGUAAUCGCAAUACUGUGAUACCAUGAAGGUUAUCAUACCGUCAAAAUCUCAUACCGGCCCAUGCCAACUUAUGACACAAAUUCCUUGUAUGCGCAAGCAUACUUGCCAA